AUGGCAGACCUCGAUGAAGAUGUCAUUCGUCACCCUACAUCUGGCGACUCCGCGCCGCAGGCUGAAAUCGAUCUUUCAGACGAAAUGCAGGACUUUCGGUUCUUGAACAGUCUCAGCCUCGUCGACACCUCUCAAGCCGCUCUCCCCCGCCGCGGCGAAAAAGACUUUGAGCCCAACCCUACUAUGUUACAAUCCGAUGUCCUCGCUGCGUCGCGAAAUGCAAUGUACACUGCCAUCUCACACCCGCGACUACAUCCUGAAAAGUCUCGGUGUGUCGGAAUUUAUGCGCCGGAGGGACCAACACCGCCACCUACCGAAGCAAACAAUCAAGAAGACUCCCCGGCAAGCGUGGAAGACAAACCUGCAAAACGCACAAUCAAAGACCCCAUGGCCGGCAUCUCGCCAGAUGCAUGCGUCUGCGUCCCCCAACCCAAAGGCCCAUUCUUCAAAACAAUGGGAAGAGCAGAUCGUUGGAACAGGGUGUGGCUUUUGCCUGAAGAAGCGAUAUAUCUCGUUGAGCGGGGGUCGUUGUACCUCAAAUGGCCGAGUACGAUUACGGAAUCUGUACGGGUUGACGAUGAGGAUAUGGAUGUCCCAAUGAGUUUGGAGGCAGCGUAUGCGUGUAUGAUGGGAACUGCGGGUUUGACGUUGGAGAGGUAUGUGGUUUAUAGUGGGUUGAAGAGGACGGGGUAUACUGUUGUAAGGGCACCGUCGUGGUAUGGGACACAGGAGGAGCCGGAACAUGAGAUUGACGAUGAGCUUUCGUCGACUGGGUCAUACAUCAAAAGCAUCUCUGCUUGCUGGAAUCAGUUUUACGAGUCGAUUGCGGGCAUUGUGGAAAAGGACUAUUCAGCGCAGGGUCCGUUGGUAGGUGUUUCCACUCCGCAGACCUAUAAUGCCUUAUUCAAAAAGCUAGCCUUGAUUCCCGCGUACAAUGCGGCAGUCCCAAAACCCGAAAGAAAGCCAACCGAGGCCCCAUUCCAAUUCACAUACUACAUAUACAAACCCUCCACCCCCUACAAGAUCUCCGCACCACAAGCCCCCGACUUCCGCAUCGCAGUCGUCGACGCACGCAGCCACACCUCAAUCCCAACAAUGCGCCAAUUAAGCGCCCUCAUCGAAUCAAGUCCCUACGAACCACCUCGCGGCGAAAAGAUGGAGCGCAAUUUGUACUCUCGUCUACGGCAGGGAUAUCGUAGUGCGAUUCUAGCGAUUGUCGAUCAGGGGAUUGUGAGUUAUCUGCGUUUUGCGGAUGCGGGGUUUUCGAGAGAAAAGAUUUUUGAGACUCAGGGGCCGCCGAGGGGGAAUAAGGGUGGUGGUUAUCGGGAGAAGAAUGGUGGGAAGGGCAAAGGGAGGUAG